AUGGCGAGCAAUGGCGCGGCAUCGUCAUCGAGCGCGACAGCGACGACGACGGUGACGCUGCAACAGCCGCGGCAACUGGAGAGGCUGACGCUGCGCCUGGCGCCGCGGCGCAAGAAGAAGGUGAGUUGGAAGGCGGACACUGUCGACAACGAGUUCUUGGACAAGAAGAGCUCCAAGAUUUGCUGCAUUUUCCACAAGGAGGAGGAAUUCACGGACAGCAGCAGCAGCGAAGACGAUGGCGAUCCGGGCGAUGAGAAGAAGAAGAUGAAGAAGAAGGAGAAAUUGGAAAGGAAGAGCUCGACAAUGGAUGGAUCGUCCUCUUCCAAACACCAUGAACACCACGAGUGUUGUAAGAAAUAA